AACAAUACAUAUUAUUUAGAAUAUACGACUCAAGAAUAUAAUGGUACCGGGGAUGACAUGAUUAACCGAUGGGGUUUUAUUUUAAGCACCCGGAUACGAAACUAGUGUAAACAAGUGAGCUAGCAGCAGACAAGUAGAGAUGGCUGCCGAGACUCUUAAGGGUGAUGACUAUAAAACAAAUUUUGACAUUGAUUGGUACGUGAAAUUCUACUAUUCAACUCCCAUGGAAAACCCAGAAGAAGGAGAUACUACAUACACAUUUUUAUUAGAUGAACUCCAUAAAACGUUUAGUUCAGGGAAAGUGAGCGGAAAGCGAUUCCUUGAGUUUGGAAGUGGUCCUACAGUCCAUACACUGUUUAGUGCCAGGAAUGCUGUCGAAGAAAUGACUUGUUGCGAGUUUGCUGAGUGCAGUAGAAAGCAAAUUGAAAAGUGGUGGAAAAAAAGAGUGUGGCGCAUUUGAUUGGAGUGUUGUACUGAAGCACGUUGCUCAGCUUGAACAACAUCGUGACCAUGAGCGCAUUGCAGCCGAAGUUCGUGAAAAGCUCCAAGAAGUUUUACCAUGUGAUGUUCGUCUGCAAAAUCCAUUGAGCCCCAACAUCCGGGAGCCAUAUGACGUCAUCAUGACCAGCUUUAACUUGGAGGCAGCUUGUGAGUCAAUUGACCAGUACAACGAGGCAGUUGCCAAUGUGUCAUCUUUGAUUCGACAAGGUGGUCAUUUGAUUAUGUUUGGUGCAUUAUGUCAGACUUUUUAUGUUGUAAACAAAGAACAUUUCUUUUCUCUUCGACUAGAAAUUGAAGAUAUCGAGAAUGCCUUAAAAUUAGCAGGAUUUGAGGAUAUAGAAACAAAAGUAUGUCCAAUUGAUCGUGAACUUCAACAUGAUGAAAGUGACUGUGAAGGU